ACUGGGGGAAAUGAAAUGAAAGGCCGGCUCAAAGAUGUGCAAAGACGUGACUUAGGAACGCUCGUGAGACAGAUUCGAAAGGGCUUUCCCGAAGAAUUAUCGAAAGCCAAUCCCGAGAUUACAGAAGCAACGACGAUCAAAACUCUCGCGGGAGCUCGAUCGGGGGAGAUGGGGAAGGUUAAGGACGAAUUGAAGGCGAUGCUUCCGAUAUUGACGCCUUCAGAAGUGAGAAGAUUCCAUUUACUACCUCACGAAGCGAUCAUUGACGAGCUCGAAGAAGGCAACUAUGAGGAAUCGAUCCGAUAUUUAAAAGAAUUAUUCGAACUCGACAAGGAGAUUCGUGGGAAGGCUGGUCCUGGUACUCUAAUAUGGGAGAAGCCGCGCUUAAAGAAGAACAAGAACGCAAUGUCGCGCUUAAGGGAUGGCUUGAUCACUGUCGAGCAAGCCAAAAAUGCUGAAGACUAUAUUUCUACGGCUGCAGAAUUUCUAAAUAUGGCGCUAUCCUUUCAAACAAUGACUUGGGAAUGGUGGUGGGUGGCGGAGCGGCUUUACCGUAGCGCUCUGGAGAACGCUGAAUUGAUCGAAGAUGAAAGCCAUCAGACGAGCACUUUCGUACACUACCUGUACGGCCGAUUUCUGUUCGAGCAAAUACAAGAUACGACAGGAUCGCUAUAUCACUUAAAUAUCGCACAUGAAGCGUCUCAGAAGAAGUCAUGGAAUGCGUCGAAGAUAACUGGUCGAAAAGAAGAGACCAUUUUUCGAGAAUGCAACGUGCUUUUGUACAAAGUAUUACUGAUGCACGCACAAGUCAGUUGCGAUCAACCGAACGUCGCUGUGAAAGCAUACACCGAAGCUCUCGCUCGAGCGACGGACUCUGGACAUUGCGAAUAUAUAGCGAACGUUCUGUACGAGCUGGGGAUGAGUCAGUUGCGAUCGGGCGAGGUAAAACUUGCCUUCCAAAACUUCUCCAAAUUCCUGGCGAUGGUUAAGAGAAUUUCGGACCCGGAGGGAAUAUGCAACGCACACAUGGCGAUGGCACUUGCGUACAAGUUAUGUGAAUUGAACGACGAUGUAAACACGGAGAAGUAUCUCCGUUUAUUCGUGGUAAGUGCAGUCGAGUCUGGACUUACGAGAAAAGUGGCACAGGCAUAUUACUGCACUGGCGAGCAUUUUUUGAGUAAGAGGAGGCUAGAUAUUGCAACCUUUCAUUUGGAAAAAUCCUUUGAAUUGUAUAACAAACUCGAUUUAUGCAACGAUGCUGAUAAGGCGCGAGUCCUUGCCGGAGUUUCGAAAGGGCAAGAAAUCAUCGAUCAAUAUAUCCAUCUUGUGCAACAGUGCAGAACCGCCGAUCCGAAAGCAAUAACGGUGCUUUGUCAAUGGAAAAAUCGUAGAAGCGUUUUUUGGACUGAAAAAGAAGAGAAAAAGCUACACGCUGGUAAGAGACAGCAUUUAGUAUUCAAUUAAAAUUUAAAUAACAUCUCUACAAGAGUUUGCCUUUUGCAAUUCUUAAACGUCUUGAAUAUCGCGUCUUUAUAAUACAUCACAAGUAACUCAAUGUAAUAUUAUCAUACAUUUCAGUAGAUUCAGAAAAGUUUGCUCAAGGAAACCAGAGAUGACUCAUAAUCGUAAUGUGCUCUCAGCGAUUUGACAUAUGAUUUUUUGUAGUAAAUAAUAUAAUGCAUCAAUAAACAUUCACAAUUACAUCAAUGAACGUCUUUUAUA